AUGGGCAAUCAACAGUCGGGGUUAGGAGGUGGUCCUCCAGGGCCUGGCAAAGAUGAGAAGGACAAAAAGAAAGACAAGCCUAAGUACGAGCCACCGCCACAGCCAACCACACGCAUUGGUCGCAAGAAGCGUAAGCAAGCAGGUCCUAGUGCUGCUGGCAAACUUCCCGCUAUCUAUCCUACCUCGCGAUGUAAACUGAGAUAUCUUCGAAUGCAACGAGUCCACGACCAUCUGCUACUGGAGGAAGAGUAUGUUGAAAACCAGGAGGCCAUUCGCAAGGCAAAAGCAACAACGACGCAAGCACCUUCAAGUACGCAAGAAAGCGAAGGCGUUGAUAGGAACGCUGAUGAAAGAGGUCGAGUCGACGAUAUGCGAGGCAGUCCGAUGGGAGUUGGUAAUCUCGAAGAGCUGAUUGACGACGACCACGCCAUUGUGAGCAGUGCAACGGGCCCGGAAUACUAUGUCUCAAUCAUGUCCUUUGUGGAUAAGGAUUUACUUGAGCCCGGCUCCAGCAUUCUGCUCCACCACAAGUCCGUCUCCGUGGUAGGCGUUUUGACCGACGAUGCAGAUCCGUUGGUGUCAGUUAUGAAGCUGGACAAGGCACCAACAGAGUCUUACGCCGACAUUGGAGGUCUCGAGACACAGAUUCAGGAAGUGAGAGAAGCCGUGGAACUGCCACUAUUACACCCUGAACUAUACGAAGAGAUGGGUAUCAAACCGCCUAAGGGUGUCAUACUUUAUGGGGCUCCUGGUACAGGCAAGACGCUUCUCGCUAAGGCGGUUGCCAAUCAAACAUCUGCCACUUUCCUACGCAUAGUCGGUUCCGAGUUGAUACAAAAGUACCUGGGAGACGGUCCUCGGCUUGUCCGUCAACUUUUCCAGGUGGCAGCCGAGAACGCCCCUAGCAUUGUCUUCAUCGACGAGAUCGAUGCAAUCGGUACCAAGCGUUACGAAAGCACAUCGGGUGGUGAGCGAGAGAUCCAGAGAACUAUGUUGGAACUUCUCAACCAACUUGACGGCUUCGACGAUCGUGGGGAUGUCAAGGUAAUCAUGGCAACGAACAAAAUCGAAACACUAGAUCCUGCGCUCAUCAGACCUGGACGAAUCGAUCGAAAGAUUUUGUUUGAGAACCCUGAUCAAGAUACGAAGAAGAAGAUCUUUACUCUUCAUACUUCCAAAAUGUCCUUGGCCGAAGAUGUGGAUCUAGAUGAGUUCAUUGCACAGAAAGAUGAGCUGUCUGGAGCCGAUAUCAAAGCCAUCUGCUCUGAAGCAGGACUCAGGGCUCUGAGAGAACGAAGAAUGAGGGUGAACAUGACCGAUUUCAGGAGUGCACGCGAAUCAGUAAUGAAGACAAAGACUGAAGGCGAGCCAGAAGGGCUAUACCUCUAG